AUGUUUGUUAACAAGUCAACUCUUAUUUUCACUCUCUUGGUUGCUACCAUGCUUGUCUGCACCUUUGCUAAUGCUCAAACUUGCAAGACAAAGACUCCUAACUUUGAACCAAGCUAUUGUCCAAGCUGUACUACUUGUUCUGGUUCUGCUAAAAAUUCUUGUUGUGAUGCUACUAUGGACACCACAAUGGCUGCUGUUAUUGCCCUUGCAAAUAAUAAUGGUGUUCAAGGUUCUUGUGUUGACGCCUUAAAGGAAUACAAUUGUGCAUUUUGCGAUCCAAAGAAUCAAGGCUACUUGACUACUGAUGCUAGUGGUGUUAGUUAUUUGAAUGUGUGUAAGAGCAAGUGCAACGCUAUGGUUAACGGCUGUGGUAACUAUGAUUUGAAGAUUAAGUGUGAUAAAUUUCCAGAAACUAAUUGUUGGAAUAGUGCCAAUUCUUUGAGUGCUCAUGCUAUGGUUGUCCUCAUCCUUUCUCUCAUUACUUUCUUCAUGUUCUAA